CUCCCCGCAACCAGCAGCAGCACUCUCUACUCUCUCUCUACUCUCUACUCUCCUGUAGCCAGCAUGAGCGCCAACAGCUUCUUCCUCUCCAAGCACUUCGCCGUCGUAGGCGCAUCUGCAGACACAAGCAAAUUCGGCAACAAGCUUAUUCGCUGGUAUCAGCAGCACGACCUGCCCGUCUCGCCCAUCAAUCCGCGCGCAUCCGACCCGAUCCUUGGCCUCGAAGUGCUUUCAUCUGUUGAGAAACUCCCUGCACCCAGAGAAACGAGUGUCUCUGUUGUGGUUCCGCCCGCUGUUACACUCAAACUCCUCGACCAGGCAAGAGACCUGGGCAUCAGAAACCUUUGGCUGCAACCAGGCAGUUUCGACGAUUCAGUGAUGGCGCGCGCGAAGGAGCUAUCCGAUGACCUCAAUGUGAUUGCGCAAGGCCGUUGUAUCCUCGUCGAAGGCAGUGAAGGUGCGUCCCAGUUCCAUGCAAGGCAAGCGUGACACAUUACUGACCCUUCUCUCCUUCAAGGUCUCGCCAUUGCAAAGCAGCACGGUGGCCGGGCAUCAUUGUGAAAUAGUAGAUGUACAAAUAUGGUAUCUUUGCUAUGCUUCCCAC